AUGUUGCAUCUAAUCAAGGAAACCGCCAUUCUUCUUCAUACUUCAAAUAUGUCGUAUAUAUUGGGAACUCUGAUCAUAGCAGGGUUUUUGUCCGUUUAUAUCAUAGUCAUUCUUUUGUCACAUUCACCAAGAAAAGCGUAUCCUGAGGAAUUAAAAUAUACAACAUGUGAUGAAAAUGGAAAUCAUAUAACAGGUGAUCUACCUAUAUCUCCUGAAGAUGAUAUUAUACUUUCGGUGGUUGUCCCCAGUUAUAAUGAAACCGGAAGGAUUCUGGCUAUGUUAACAGACGCAAUUGAGUUUCUGCAGAAGACUUUACCUGACCAAUGGGAAAUACUAAUUGUUGAUGAUGGUUCUUCUGAUGGAACUUCAGAUUAUUGUUUGAAAUUAUCUAAUGAAACAUUCCACUUAAAGGCAGAUCAAUUACGUGUCCUUAAAUUUACUGAAAAUAGAGGUAAAGGUGGUGCAGUGAGACAGGGUCUAUUGCAUAUUCGUGGUAAAUAUGGUCUCUUCGCUGAUGCAGAUGGUGCUAGUAAAUUUAAUGAUGCACAAUUAUUACUAGACAAUAUAAAAGAAUUGGAGAAGACUACCAGCAGGGAUGAAAUGUGCGCAGCUAUGGCCAUUGGUUCUAGAGCACAUAUGGUUAACACAGAGGCUGUCAUUAAGAGAUCAUUUGUUAGAAAUUGUCUAAUGUAUGGUUUCCAUACUCUAGUUUGGGUAUUUGGUAUUCAUUCUAUCAAUGAUACUCAAUGUGGUUUCAAAAUGUUUAAUAAACAAGCCAUUGAUGAAAUUUUCCCAUUUUUACACACUGAAGGUUGGAUUUUUGAUAUUGAAAUAUUGUUAUUGGGUAUAAUUAAAAAUAUUAAAUUUAAGGAAAUUCCUGUCUCAUGGCACGAGGUAGGUGGUUCAAAGAUGGACUUGGCUAUUGAUAGUUUAAAAAUGGCAAAGGAUCUAGUUAUAAUUAGAAUGGCUUAUAUUUUAGGUAUUUAUAACCCAAACAAAGAAUGUUAA